AUGAGCUCCGAUCGGAAUCCAAAGUACCGGCAGGAGAUCCAGCAGAUGAUGUUCGUCUCUGGAGAGACUGCCGAGCCGUCCCCUGAAACCACUACCUUGAUUGAAGAGAUCACUCGACAACAAGUGAUUGAGAUUCUCACUCGAAGCACAUCUCUAGCAACUCGCCGAGGUGUUCGAUCCAUCUCAACCGACGAUCUAAUCUUCUUGAUCCGCCAUGACAAGGCAAAAGUUUCCCGUCUCCGAACAUUCCUAUCCUGGAAAGACGUCCGCAAAAACGUCAAAGAUUCCGACGACAAAGGUGGUGGUGACGCCGCAGAUUUCGCAGCCGACGAUGCGGCGGGUGCCGUCGCAGGCCCAGCAGACGUCGCCGCCAAACCAAAGAACAAGAAAGCAAAGGUUGGACUUGCUUGGGACGUGAACAGUUUCUAUUCGAUCCAAAUCCCGGAGCGCGAGGACGAAGAAGACGAAGAAGAGGAAGAGCAGAACUAUGCAACCUUGCAGCGUCUCGCAGCGGCUGACGAGCGUACCCGACAUAUGACGAAGGAAGAAUAUGUCUUUUGGUCCGAAUGCCGACAGGCGUCAUUUACAUACCGAAAGAGCAAACGGUUCCGCGAGUGGGCGGGUUUUGGCAUCGUCACCGAGUCCAAGCCCAAUGAUGAUAUCGUGGAUAUUCUUGGAUUCCUCACCUUUGAAAUCGUCCAGACUCUGACUGAAGAAGCUCUAAAGGUCAAGGAGCGCGAAGACAAUGAGAAGAAUCGCCGUGGAGGCGCUGAGGCUGGGGAGAACUUGAAGAAGCGCAAGCGGGAAACUGGUCUUUUUGACCCGCCUGAGGAGGGCCGCACACCGAUUGAGCCGCGACAUGUCAGAGAGGCAUACCGCAAGUUGCAGGCGACGCCCCAAAAGGCGGUUGCAAUGCUGUUGCACGAGGGCCGUAUCCCAGCACGUCUCCCCCUGGUUUUGAUUUGA